ACCGGUUAACUUUUAAUUCUCCUCACCUAAAUUAUCAUGCUCUACUCUGUUUUUAUACCUUCCUCUGCUUCUCCCUUCCAUUCUUAAUCCUCCAUAGCUACAAAGCUCAGUGAAAAGAAAAGAAGAAGAAAAACAAAAACAAGAAGCUAAAAUGUCUCUUCUUUCGUUUCCUCCCACUUUCUUUAAUAUACCUCCUUCACUCUUCUACACCAUCCUUGUAUCCAGUUUAGUUCUACUGAUCCUCACGCGCCGGAGUUCUAAAUCAAAGCGCGUGAAGCUUCCACCAGGUCCUCCGGGUUGGCCGGUGGUCGGAAACCUCUUCCAGUUCGCGCGCUCCGGGAAGCAGUUUUACGAGUACGUUGAUGAUGUAAGGAAAAAAUACGGUCCUAUCUACACGUUGAGGAUGGGAAGUCGAACAAUGAUCAUCAUCUCUGAUUCAGCUCUCGUCCACGACGUUCUGAUUCAACGUGGACCAAUGUUCGCAACCCGACCCACCGAGAAUCCGACCCGAACCAUCUUCAGCUCCAACACUUUCACGGUCAACGCUUCAGCGUACGGACCCGUGUGGCGAUCCCUGAGAAAGAACAUGGUACAGAACAUGUUAAGCUCGAUCCGGUUCAGAGAAUUCGGGUCGUUGAGGCAAUCCGCAAUGGAUAAACUCGUAGAGAGGAUCAAAUCAGAAGCUAAAGACAACGACGGUCUUGUUUGGGUACUAAGAAACGCAAGAUUCGCUGCGUUUUGUAUUCUUUUAGAGAUGUGUUUUGGAAUCGAAAUGGAUGAAGAAUCGAUUUUGAAUAUGGAUCAAGUGAUGAAGAAAGUUUUGAUCACACUCAAUCCAAGACUCGAUGAUUAUCUCCCGAUCCUUGCUCCGUUUUACUCCAAGGAGAGAGCAAGAGCUCUCGAGGUUCGUCGUGAACAAGUUGAUUUCAUCGUUAAAUUCAUCGAGAGACGACGGAGAGCGAUUCAGAAUCCGGGGACUGAUAAAACAGCGUCGUCUUUCUCUUAUCUCGAUACACUCUUUGACCUUAAAACCGAAGGUCGUAAAACGACGCCGUCUAAUGAAGAGCUUGUGUCGCUUUGCUCGGAGUUUCUUAACGGUGGUACGGAUACGACGGGGACGGCGAUCGAGUGGGGUAUCGCGCAGCUGAUCGUGAAUCCUGAGAUUCAAUCUCGGCUCUACGAUGAGAUUAAAUCAACGGUCGGAGAUCGUGAGGUUGAGGAGAAAGAUGUGGAUAAAAUGGUCUUUUUACAAGCCGUCGUUAAGGAGAUUUUACGGAAACAUCCUCCGACGUACUUUACGUUGACUCACUCCGUGACGGAGCCGACGACGGUCGGCGGUUACGAUGUUCCCGUUGGGAUCAACGUCGAGUUUUAUCUUCCGGGAAUAAAUGAGGAUCCGAAGCUUUGGUCUGAUCCGAAGAAAUUUAACCCGGAUCGGUUUAUUGCGGGUAAGGAGGAAGCGGACAUAACCGGUGUAACCGGAGUUAAAAUGAUGCCGUUUGGUAUUGGCCGUCGGAUCUGUCCGGGGCUAGCGAUGGCGACCGUACACGUGCACUUGAUGCUAGCGAAGAUGGUUCAAGAGUUUGAGUGGAGCGCUUAUCCGGCGGGAAGUGAAAUUGAUUUCGCGGGGAAAUUGGAGUUUACGGUGGUAAUGAAGAAACCGUUGAGAGCCAUGGUUAAACCAAGGGUCUAAAUUUGUUUAAUUAUGAAAACGAUGUGUGCUUAUAUUAAAAGAAAAUAACCUAUUCUAUUGGAAAUUUGUCGAGGGCUUUGUGAAUUUCUAGUAAAAGAUUUCAUUUAUUGUCAAACAAAUCAAUAAAUGAUUUGCUUUUGUUUCUU